AUGGAAGCACUAGAUCAUAGAUGGAAUGACAGGAUUGAAAAUUUUCAUUCGAAAAUAAAUAAAUUACGAAUUGAAAUGAAUGAGUUUAAGAAAUAUUCAAUUAGUACUAUUUCUUUUAAAAAUAAAAAGGUAUAUUUUUCUAAAUUGAGAAACAACACAAAAAGAAGAGAAUUAAUAAGUAUAAAUAACUACGAAGUAAAGAAUAAUUUAAGAAAAGCUAAUAAUACCACAUAUAUUUUAAAGGACGAUAAGAAUAAGAAGAUAGUCAAUACAGUUUUACCUAUAUCUAAAAAUACGUCUAAUAAAGUUAUUAAAACUAAUGAUAUUAAAGUGUUGGAAAAUAAAAAUUUCGUAAAAUUUAAUUUAAGAAAUAAAAGAAAAAAUGAAAAGGUCAUUAAAAUUAAUGAAAAGAGAUGGUUAAUUGCGACAAAACACAUCAAAGUUGAAAAAGUAAAUGAUACGGAAAAAGAGAAAAUUUUAGAAAAAGCAAAUAACGCAAAACAUAAAUUAUUGUACUUAGAAGGAGAGGAAGGUAACAUGCAUGUGUAUCCUAUAUAUUCUGACGCGGAAACUGGGUUUGAAUGUAUAUCUCACAUAGAAGAUGAAAGUUUAUCAAAAGUGAAAAAAGAAAAUCAGGAUGAUGAUGAUAUAAAAACAACAAAACAUUUAGCUCAAUGGAGUUCAGAUGUGGUUCAUAAAUAUCUUGAAGAGGCAAUUGAAAGAACCAAGUUCAUUUUUGAAAGCUCAAAUAUGAAAUGUCGACAUGAAGAAAUAUUUAGAAGAAUAAAAUCAUAG